AUGUGUUCUGAGCAGCAGCGUGACAGUAUUGAGCUUCAGCCUCUGCUGUGUCAUGGAUCUAACUUGGGGAAUCUUGUUGGGGCAGAGCUUGUUAUUCGUACUCUGAUUCUUCUUCUCAUAUUUCUGGUCACCUUAGCAGAUAGUGGAGAUGCAAGGAAGACUUUCACAGAUUUGGAUAUCAAAACAUCAGGGACUGGCUGCGUGAAGAUUCAGAAAAUAGAAUGUGAUAACUGCAAAAUAGAAACGGAGAAGGGGACUAGUGUCUUGCAGUCAAUAAAGAGCCAUAAAAUUGAUAUAAGGACAAAUGGUGGCAAAGUAAUUGGUCUUGGAACGCUUUGUGGAAAUACGGAUAUCCGUGCAACGGAGAAGGGUAGCGUGAAUAUAGAGAAGCUGCAGGGGACAUCCAUCAACAUAUCUACUGAAGAUGGGCUGCUGAAAACUAAGUAUCUCUAUGCAGAAUCAUCAUCUCUGUCUUCAGUGGCUGGUGAUAUUCUACUGGGAAGCAUUCAUGGUGACACCAGCCUUCAGACCAAAACAGGGAGUAUCACAGUAGAUUCAUCAGAUGGAAGUCUAAAAGCUUCUACACAUCAUGGGGCAAUAGAUGUUUAUGUCAGUCAAUUAAGAAAAGUGGAUCUGAAAUCUCAGAAAGGUUCUAUUACAGUCAAGGUGCCUGCCUCUCUCAAAGCCUAUUUACAGUUGUCUGGAAGAAAAGUGGAUGUGAGCUCAGAGAUUCAGUUAAAAGAAACACAGAGUUCUUCCAAAGAUGAUCGUGUAACUAUAAGUGGUCACAUGAAUCAAAGGAAUGAAACAGACAAAUGGAUUAAGGCUGACACACAAAAUGGCAAAGUGUGUCUUAAAAGCCAGAGCUGGAUCCAGUCUGUCAAGCUGAAGAGUUCUUAAAGGUGAAAUAGGCCAAAGAGAUUAAAUCAAGAAAUUGUGACGGAACAUUUCUGUAAAAUUAUGAAACUUUCUUCAUGCAUAUUCUUAAUAUAAGAGAAACAAUAUUAAAAAUUAGGGCGUUUUAACCC